UACUACUCCUGCUACGGUGGCGUGGCUUACGAGCAGACCUGCCCAGAUGGCAAGUAUUUCGACCCAACGCGAACCAUUUGCGAUUUGGAGGCUAAUGUGGACUGCGUGAGCAAUAACUGCCCACCGGAUGGUGUCGUGUUUCUGCCCAUCCCGAACGUGUGCGACCGCUAUCUGAUCUGCAUUAACGGCAAUGCGUUCGAGGGCGUCUGUGAUGGCGGCCUGUUUUUCGAUGCGGUGCUGGGAGACUGUAACCUGAAGAAUGAGAGCGGUUGUUUGGUGAAUCCUUGCAUUCAGCCACCACCAAAUCCACCGCAGCUGGAGAUCUAUCCGAAUCCCGCCGAUUGCCACCAGUACCUCAUCUGCGGCAACGGUGAACCUGUCGUGAGGGACUGCGCACCGCAACUAGUGUUUGACCCUUCCUCCCUGCAGUGUGUACCGGGCGAAGAGUGUUUG